UUGGGGCCGCGCGGGGCCGGGCCCCUCUUCCUCCUCCCUCUCCAGGACACUGCGGGCAGGGCGGGGAAAAUUCCUGUCUCCUCAUCCCAAGACUCAAGUUCGCACACUGUGGCGACAGGCGGAGGCCAGUGCGUCUCGGGGGACUAGGGGGUGGCGAGGUCCCCGCGAAGGGUGGAGGCUAAGCUGUCGCCUCCUGUGCUACAGUCUGGGAUUCCGGGGGCGCAGGUGUGACCCCCGUGGGCCACCUAGAGCUCCUGGUGGAGCAGUGGUUAGCGAUGCUGCCUCUGCUCUGGCUGCAGCUGCUAUUGCUGCAGCUGGGAGCGCGCAGGGGAGGCGCCCAGGACCCGACCCUCACCCCGGAGUCAGCCCUCCAGAGAGAUAAAGGAAUUUUCAUUAUACAGAGUGAGAGCCUGAAGACAUGCAUUCAAGCAGGCAAAUCUUUACUGACCCUAGAGAACUGCAAACAGCCAAACACAUACAUGCUGUGGAAAUGGGUUUCAAACAACCACCUCUUUAAUGUGGGAGGCAGUGGCUGCCUAGGCCUGAAUUUAUCUAAUCCAGAACAGCCAUUAGGCAUAUACGAAUGUGAUUCUACUCACGUUUCCUUGAGAUGGCACUGUAACGGGAAGAUGCUCAUGGGCCCACUCCAGUACAAGGUCCAGGUGAAGCAUGACCACACGGUGGUGGCCUCAUGGAAACAGCUUCAUAAGUGGAUCUCUUACAUGUCAGGAGGUGGAGACAUCUGUGAACAUCUUCACAAAGAUUUAUAUACCAUCAAAGGGAAUUCCCACGGGAUGCCUUGUAUGUUUCCCUUCCAAUACAACCAUCAGUGGCACCAUGAGUGUACCCGGGAAGGGCAGAAAGAUGACCUGCUGUGGUGUGCCACGACGAGCCGAUAUGAACGAGAUGAGAAAUGGGGAUUCUGCCCAGAUUCCACCUCUGUUGCGGUAGGCUGUGACGUUGUCUGGGAAAAGGACUUCAAUUCAUACAUUUGCUACCAAUUCAACCUGCUUUCAUCUCUCUCUUGGAAUAAGGCACAUUCUUCAUGCCAGAUGCAAGGAGGUGCUUUGUUAAGUAUUGCAGAUGAGGAUGAAGAAACUUUCAUAAGGAAGCAUCUGAGCAGCACAGCGGUGGAAGUGUGGAUUGGCUUGAACCAGCUGAAUGAAAACACUGGCUGGCAGUGGUCUGACGGAACACCACUCAGCUAUCUGAACUGGAGCCCAGAGAUAAAUGCUGGGCCCAUUGUUGAAUAUCACUGUGGAACGCUGAAUUCGUUUACUCCAACUGCCUGGAGGAGUAGGGAUUGUGAGUCUACCUUGCCUUAUGUAUGUAAAAAAUAUCUAAACCACACUGAUCACGAAAUAGUUGAAAAAGAUUCUUGGAAAUAUUAUGCUACCCAUUGUGAGCCUGGCUGGACUCCCCACAAUUGUAAAUGCUUCAAACUUCAGAAAGAGGAAAAGACCUGGGAUGAGGCUUUGCAUUCUUGUCAGUCUGACAAUGCUGUGUUAAUGGACAUAGCUUCCUUAGCAGAAGAGGAGUUUCUUGUGAACCUCCUUAGGGAUGAAAAUGCAUCAGAAACAUGGAUUGGAUUGAGUAGCAAUAAAAUUCCUGUUUCCUUUGAAUGGUCCAAUGGCUCUUCUGUCAUUUUUACUAACUGGCACACUCUUGAGCCCCGAAUUUUUCCAAACAGAAGCCGGCUGUGUGUCUCAGCAGAGCAAUCUGAAGGAUACUGGAAAGUGAAAAACUGUGAAGAAACACUGUUUUACAUUUGUAAGAAAGCAGGUCAAGUCCUGCCUGAUGCUGAAUCGGGAUGUCAAGAGGGAUGGGAGAGACAUGGUAAAUUUUGCUACAAAAUUGACACAGUGCUUCGAAGCUUUGAGCAUGCAUCCAGCGGUUAUUACUGUCCUCCUGCUCUCGCAACCAUCACCAGCAGGUUUGAACAGGCUUUUAUUACCAGUUUGAUCAGUAGUGUGGCAAAAACAAAAGACAGUUAUUUUUGGAUAGCUCUUCAGGACCAAAAUGAUACAGGAGAAUACACUUGGAAGACCACAGGACAGAGAUCUGAGCCGGUGCAGUACACACACUGGAACACACAUCAGCCCAGCUACAGUGGUGGCUGUGCUGUAAUGCGAGGAAGAAGUCCACUUGGACGCUGGGAAGUCAAGGACUGUAGAAACUUCAAGGCAAUGUCCUUGUGCAAGCAGCCAAUCAAAAUCAGGGAGAAAACAGAGCAUGAAGAAAGGUGGCCGUUUCACCCUUGCUAUUUGGACUGGGAGUCGAAGUCUGGUCUGGGCAGUUGCUUCAAGGUGUUUCAUAGUGAAAAAGUUCUGAUGAAAAGGUCAUGGAGGGAAGCCGAAGCCUUCUGUGAGGAAUUUGGAGCUCAUCUUGCAAGCUUUGCCCAUAUCGAGGAAGAAAAUUUUGUGAACGAACUUCUACAUUCCAAAUUUAAUCAGACAGAAGAAAGGCAGUUCUGGAUUGGAUUUAAUAAGAGGAAUCCACUGAACUCUGGUUCUUGGGAAUGGUCUGAUGGAACUCCUGUUGUCUCUUCAUUUUUAGACAAUACUUAUUUUGGAGAAGAUGCAAGAAACUGUGCUGUGUUUAAGGCAAACAAAACAUUGCUGCCUUCACACUGUGGUUCCAAACACGAAUGGAUAUGCAAAAUUCCAAGAGAUGUGAAACCCAAUAUUCCACCCUGGUACCAGUAUGAUGCGCCCUGGCUCUUCUAUCAGAACGCUGAGUACCUCUUCCACACCCAUGCCUCGGAAUGGCCUGCCUUUGAGUUUGUCUGUGGCUGGCUGCGCAGUGAUUUCCUCGCAAUUCAUUCUGCUCAGGAGCAAGAAUUCAUCCACAGUAAAAUCAAAGUGCUGUCAAAAUAUGGUGUAAAUUGGUGGAUUGGACUUCAAGAAGGAAGAGCCAGUGAUGAAAUUCAUUGGAGCAGUGGGUCACCUGUGACAUAUCAGAACUGGGACAAAGGAAGAGAAAGAUUUAUGAAUAAUCAGAGCCAGAGAUGUGCCUUCAUUUCUUCUAUAACAGGGCUCUGGGGGACUGAGGACUGUUCUAUUUCGAUGCCUAGCAUUUGUAAGAGAAGAAAAAUUUGGGUCAUGGAGAAAGAAAAAGACACAUCAGCACAGCAUGGAACAUGUCCCAAAGGAUGGCUCUAUUUUAACCAUAAGUGCUUCCUGGUAAGGAUCUCCAAAGACACCAGCAAUCUGAAGAACUGGACAGGUGCUCGAGACUUCUGUGCUGAAAAGGGAGGGACGCUGGUUUCCAUUGAAAAUGAACUGGAGCAAGCUUUCAUUACUAUGAAUCUUUUUGGCCAGAGUACUAAUGUGUGGAUUGGGUUACAAAGUGAUGAUUUUGAGACGUGGUUAAAUGGAAAGCCUGCGGUCUACUCUAACUGGUCUCCAUUUGAUAUAAUAAAUGUUCCAAGUUAUAACACCACUAAAGUUCAAAAACACAUUCCUCUCUGUGCCCUGAUAUCAAGUAAUCCUAAUUUCCAUUUCACUGGAAAAUGGUAUUUUGAUGACUGUGGAAAAGAAGGCUAUGGGUUUGUUUGUGAGAAAAUGCAAGAUAUUCCUGGACACCAUGAAAAUGUGUCUGAUGUAUAUCCAAUCCCCAAUACUUUAGAGUAUGGAAACAGAACUUACAAAAUAAUUCAUGCUAAUAUGACUUGGUACACAGCAGUAAGAGCCUGCCUGAUGCAUGGAGCAGAACUGGCCAGUGUUACAGAUCAGUUUCACCAGUCCUUCCUCAGUGUUGUCCUCAGCAAGCUAGGACACACCCAUUGGAUUGGACUUUCCACCACAGACAAUGGUCUUAAUUUUGACUGGUCAGAUGGCACUAAAUCCCCUUUCACUUACUGGAAAGAUGAGGAGUCACAUGUCCUUGGUGACUGUGUCUUUGCUGACACUAAUGGACAAUGGCAUAGCACAGCCUGUGAGUCAUUUCUGCAAGGCGCCAUUUGUCGUGUGCCCACUGAAACAAAGGCAUUUGAGCACCCAAUGCUGUGUUCAGAAGCAUCGAUUCCCUGGAUAAAAUUUAAAAAUAAUUGCUACAGUUUUUCAACAGUCCUGGACAGAAUGAGUUUUGAGGAUGCUCAUGAAUUUUGCAAAAAAGAAGGAUCUAAUCUUUUAACAAUCAAGGAUGAGGCUGAAAAUUCAUUUCUCCUGGAAGAGCUGCUUGCUUUUGGUUCUUCUGUCCAGAUGGUUUGGUUGAAUGCUCAAUUUGAUAGCAACAAUGAAACCAUAAGGUGGUAUGAUGGAACACCCACAGACCAGUCAAACUGGGGUAUUCGGAAGCCAGAACUGGACCACCUCCAGCCCCAUCCGUGUAUUGCCCUGAGGAUCCCUGAAGGAGUGUGGCAGUUAUCCCCAUGUGAAGACAAAAAGGGAUUCAUAUGUAAAAUGGAGGCAGAUGUUCCCACUGUAAAGGAGCAUCCAAGAAAAGGGUUGAGUCAUGGCAUCGUGCCUCUUGCAGUCGCACUGACUCUGAUAAUCAUCCUGGCCAUUUUCAUACUUGCCUUCUGGAUAUACAAGCAGAACAGUGGCUUCUUUCAAAGACUCACAGGGUCCAGGAAUCCUUACUAUCCUACAACCAACUUCAGUACAGUACAUUUAGAAGAAAAUAUUCUCAUUUCCAAUCUUGAGAAUAACAAUGAUGAUGAAGUCAGAGGAUGCCCCAGACAUGAAGAGGAGCAAAGGAGGCUGCAAGGAGCGUCCUGUCUGCCCUUCCCGCUAACAAGAUGCCGUUAUAAUGAGGACUGUAUCACCGUUUCAAUUAUUCUCCAAGCACUGGUUUUAAAUUGUAACCAAAUCAGACAAGGUUUAAUUUAUUCAUUUCUUCAACUGUGGCCAAUUAUUAGAAUGGGUAUUGGUUACUAUUUAGAAAAACAAGAAUAAUCCAAAAGAAAUCCUAUAUUGAGAACUCUUCAAACCCAUCUGGUACACAUCCAGACAUUUCCACAGGCACUCAAAGAGAAAGGAGGAAAAAAUGUAAAUCCUAUCCUUGGAUACUAGAAGAAAAGGCUUUGGGGACAUUUCUUGUUUGCUUCUAAUUCAAUCAUUUUUAAAGGCAGAUUUGGCAAGUACUAAUUCCUAAAUUUUAAACUCACGGGCUCUGAACUCUCAACUAAUACUUCGGGUGAUGUUAAUUUUUGUCUGAUUCUCAGCCCAGGGAAGAAGCACAACGUGACUCUCUCUUGAAUGUGAAGAUCUUGGUGAGCAGCACACUUUUGAGCAACCACUUAGUUAAAAAUGUGACUUAAAUAUUCACUUGCUAAAGUGAUUACCAUGUUUGAUAUUUAAAGGUAUCUUAUAAGUAAGCUUAAAGGAAUGUAUUGAGACUUGUUUAAGUCACUAAAACUCAUGGUCUUUAUUAAAAACAGAAAAUAUAAAUAAUAAUAUAACUAUGUUGACAACCAGGAGAUACAGAAAUCAUGUACCUUGAAUUUAAAGAGGAAAAGUUAAAGAUCUGAAUACAUUCCCAUUAGAACCAAAGUAGAGGGCAUGUUAAGAAAUGCUAAAUAAAAUCAAUCUGCAGUAGUAAUCAAGACACUUUUUUAUAUAAAUGAACUGAUUUAGGUGCUCUAAUAAACUAUCAAUUUUGAGAUCCA